UUUACGACUUCUAUAGGCAAUUCACUGCUUGUUAUUAUUUCUUCUUCUGUUACCACUUCUGUUGGCAUUUCACUGCUUGUUAUUUCUUCUUCAGUUACCAAAUCUGUCGCCAAUUCACUGCUUGUUAUUUCUUCUUCAGUUACCACUUCUGUCGCCAAUUCACUACUCGUUGUCAGUUCUUCUUCAGUUACCACUUCAGUUGGCAUUUCACUGUUUUUUAUUUUUUCUUCAGUUACCACUUCAGUCGCCAAUUCACUGCUUGUUAUUUCUUUUUCAGUUACCACUUCUGUUGGCAUUUCACUGCUUGUUAUUUCUUCUUCAGUUACCAAAUCUGUCGCCAAUUCACUACUUGUUGUCAUUACCACUUCUAUCGGCAAUUCACUACUUGUUGUUAUUUCUUCUUCUGUUAACAAAUCUGUCGCCAAUUUACUGCUUGUUAUUUCUUCUUCAGUUACCACUUCUGUCGCCAAUUCACUACUCGUUGUCAGUUCUUCUUCAGUUACCACUUCAGUUGGCAUUUCACUGUUUUUUAUUUUUUCUUCAGUUACCACUUCAUUCGCCAAUUCACUGCUUGUUAUUUCUUCUUCAGUAACCACUUCUGUUGGCAUUUCACUACUUGUUAUUUUUUCUUCAGUUACCAAAUCUGUCGCCAAUUCACUACUUAUCAGUUCUUCUUCAGUUACCACUUCUGUAGGCAUUUCACUACUUGUUAUUUCUUCUUCAGUUACCACUUCUGUCGGCAUUUCACUGCUUGUAAUAACCAAAUCUGUCGUUAAUUCACUACUUGUCGUCAAUUCUUCUUCAGUUACCACUUCUGUCGCCAACUCACUACUUGUCGUCAAUUCUUCUUCAGUAACCAAAUCUGUCGCCAAUUCACUACUUGUCGUCAAUUCUUCUCCAGUUACCACUUCUGUUGGCAUUUCACUACUUGUUAUUUCUUCUUCAGUAACCAAAUCUGUCGCCAAUUCUUCUUCAGUUACCAAAUCUGUCGUCAAUUCACUACUUGUCGUCAAUUCUUCUUCAGUUACCACUUCUGUUGGCAUUUCACUACUUGUUAUUUCUUCUUCAGUUACCAUUUCUGUCGCCAACUCACUACUUGUCGUCAAUUCUUCUUCAGUUACCACUUCUGUUGGCAUUUCACUACUUGUUAUUUCUUCUUCAGUUACCACUUCUAUAGGCAUUUCACUGCUUGUUAUUUCUUCAUCAGAUACCACUUCUGUUGGCAUUUCACUACUUGUCAUCAAUUCUUGUUCACUUACCAAAUCUGUCGCCAAUUCACUACUUGUCGUCAAUUCUUCAUCAGAUACCACUUCUGUCGUAACCAAAUCUGUCGUUAAUUCACUACUUGUCGUCAAUUCUUCUUCAGUUACCACUUCUGUCGCCAACUCACUACUUGUCGUCAAUUCUUCUUCAGUUACCAAAUCUGUCGUCAAUUCACUAGUUGUUGUCAGUACUUCUUCAGUUACCAUUUCUGUUGGCAUUUCACUACUUGUUAUUUCUUCUUCAGUUACCACUUCUAUCGGCAUUUCACUGCUUGUUAUUUCUUCUUCAGUAACCAAAUCUGUCGCCAAUUCUUCUUCAGUUACCAAAUCUGUCGUUAAUUCACUACUUGUCGUCAAUUCUUCUUCAGUUACCAAAUCUGUCGUCAAUUCACUACUUGUCGUCAAUUCUUCAUCAGAUACCACUUCUAUCGGCAUUUCACUGCUUGUUAUUUCUUCUUCAGUUACCAUUUCUGUCGCCAACUCACUACUUGUCGUCAAUUCUUCUUCAGUUACCACUUCUGUUGGCAUUUCACUACUUGUUAUUUCUUCUUCAGUUACCACUUCUAUAGGCAUUUCACUGCUUGUUAUUUCUUCAUCAGAUACCACUUCUGUUGGCAUUUCACUACUUGUCGUCAAUUCUUCUUCAGUAACCAAAUCUGUCGCCAAUUCACUACUUGUCGUCAAUUCUUCUCCAGUUACCACUUCUGUUGGCAUUUCACUACUUGUUAUUUCUUCUUCAGUAACCAAAUCUUCUUCCAAAUCUGUCGUCAAUUCACUACUUGUCGUCAAUUCUUCUUCAGUUACCACUUCUGUUGUUACCACUUCUGUUGGCAUUUCACUACUUGUUAUUUCUUCUUCAGUUACCAUUUCUGUCGCCAACUCACUACUUGUCGUCAAUUCUUCUUCAGUUACCACUUCUGUUGGCAUUUCACUACUUGUUAUUUCUUCUUCAGUUACCACUUCUAUAGGCAUUUCACUGCUUGUUAUUUCUUCAUCAGAUACCACUUCUGUUGGCAUUUCACUACUUGUCAUCAAUUCUUGUUCACUUACCAAAUCUGUCGCCAAUUCACUACUUGUCGUCAAUUCUUCAUCAGAUACCACUUCUGUCGUAACCAAAUCUGUCGUUAAUUCACUACUUGUCGUCAAUUCUUCUUCAGUAACCAAAUCUGUCGCCAAUUCACUACUUGUCGUCAAUUCUUCUCCAGUUACCACUUCUGUUGGCAUUUCACUACUUGUUAUUUCUUCUUCAGUUACCACUUCUGUCGGCAAUUCACUGCUUGUUGUUAUUUCUUCUUCAGUAACCAAAUCUGUUGUUAAUUCACUACUUGUCGUCAAUUCUUCUUCAGUUACCAUUUCUGUCGCCAACUCACUACUUGUCGUCAAUUCUUCUUCAGUUACCACUUCUGUUGGCAUUUCACUACUUGUUAUUUCUUCUUCAGUUACCAUUUCUGUCGCCAACUCACUACUUGUCGUCAAUUCUUCUUCAGUUACCACUUCUAUCGGCAUUUCACUGCUUGUUAUUUCUUCUUCAGUUACCACUUCUAUCGGCAUUUCACUGCUUGUAAAUAUCUCUUGAUUUACGACUUCUAUCGGCAAUUCACUGCUUGUUGUUAUUUCUUCUUCUGUUACCACUUCUGUUGGCAUUUCACUGCUUGUUAUUUCUUCUUCAGUUACCACUUCUGUCGGCAUUUCACUGCUUUUUACGACUUCUAUCGGCAAUUCACUGCUUGUUGUUAUUUCUUCUUCUGUUACCACUUCUGUUGGCAUUUCACUGCUUGUUAUUUCUUCUUCAGUUACCACUUCUGUCGGCAUUUCACUGCUUUCUUCUUCAGUAACCAAAUCUGUCGCCAAUUCACUACUUGUCGUCAAUUCUUCAUCAGAUACCACUUCGGUUGGUAUUUCACUACUUGUUAUUUCUUCUACAGUUACCACUUCUAUCGGCAUUUCACUGCUUGUUAUUUCUUCUUCAGUUACCAUUUCUGUCGCCAACUCACUACUUGUCGUCAAUUCUUCUUCAGUUACCAAUUCUGUUGGCAUUUCACUACUUGUUAUUUCUUCUUCAGUUACCACUUCUGUCGGCAUUUCACUGCUUGUAAAUAUCUCUUGAUUUACGACUUCUAUCGGCAAUUCACUGCUUGUUGUUAUUUCUUCUUCUGUUACCACUUCUGUUGGCAUUUCACUGCUUGUUAUUUCUUCUUCAGUUACCACUUCUGUCGGCAUUUCACUGCUUGUAAAUAUCUCUUGAUUUACGACUUCUAUCGGCAAUUCACUGCUUGUUGUUAUUUCUUCUUCUGUUACCACUUCUGUUGGCAUUUCACUGCUUGUUAUUUCUUCUUCAGUUACCACUUCUGUCGGCAUUUCACUGCUUUUUACGACUUCUAUCGGCAAUUCACUGCUUGUUGUUAUUUCUUCUUCUGUUACCACUUCUGUUGGCAUUUCACUGCUUGUUAUUUCUUCUUCAGUUACCACUUCUGUCGGCAUUUCACUGCUUGUAAAUAUCUCUUGAUUUACGACUUCUAUCGGCAAUUCACUGCUUGUUGUUAUUUCUUCUUCAGUAACCAAAUCUGUCGCCAAUUCACUACUUGUCGUCAAUUCUUCAUCAGAUACCACUUCGGUUGGUAUUUCACUACUUGUUAUUUCUUCUACAGUUACCACUUCUAUCGGCAUUUCACUGCUUGUUAUUUCUUCUUCAGUUACCAUUUCUGUCGCCAACUCACUACUUGUCGUCAAUUCUUCUUCAGUUACCAAUUCUGUUGGCAUUUCACUACUUGUUAUUUCUUCUUCAGUUACCACUUCUGUCGGCAUUUCACUGCUUGUAAAUAUCUCUUGA